AACUGUGCGCAUCGUGGCGCGCUUAACGAUUACUUUUGUUUUUGUUUUCCAUUACUUUUCGAACUCUGCUCAACACUUAACGUCUAGCGGUCGUAACUGGCCUAACGGUACGCGUCUAGUGCUCGAGAAAUUGCGCGCAUCUAUUGUCUGCUUCUAGCUUAUUGUUGUUGUUGGCGCAUGUUAAAAAUUGGCCACACUAAACGAAAAACAGUCAUAACUUUUGCUCAUGAAAAUCGUGUUAGCAAAGUCAAAGGAAAACAAACAACACAAAUAUAAAGAAGAGCAAAGAAAAAGCUGGCAAAAAUUGUAGUGUGACAACAAAUUGCGAAUUCUUAGAAAAAAUAACAACAAAACAACCAACAAAAAAAUAAAAUAGAAAUAAUAAUUAACAAAAAAGAGGAGACAAGUUGAAAAAUCUACAAACGCAACGAAGUGAGCGACAAAAUGCAACGCACGCAGUCGCCGCUGCUGCGGCUGAAACUGCUGCCGCUGCUGCUGCUGCUGUUGGUGGCAUCGUCACAGUCACAGACUCAGACGCAGGCGCAGAAUAUAGAUGGAGCCUGCAGUUUUCCUGGCUCACCUGCGCACAGCAGCGUCGUCUUCUCGAGCGCGAAUCUGACGCAAGGAACUGUCGCCUCCUACAGCUGUGAGCGGGGCUUUGAGCUCCUGGGACCCGCCCGGCGUGUCUGCGACAAGGGUCAGUGGGUGCCAGAGGGUAUACCGUUUUGUGUACUAAAUGUGGCCGCUGGUAAGGCACCAAUGCAAAUAUCAACUGAUGGGGCCGGAGCCCCGCAGAAGGCCAUCGAUGGCUCCACCUCUGCCUUCUUCACGCCGGAGACGUGCUCCCUAACAAAACCGGAGCGUUCGCCCUGGUGGUAUGUCAAUCUGCUCGAGCCCUAUAUGGUUCAACUGGUGCGUUUGGACUUUGGUAAAUCCUGUUGUGGUAACAAACCGGCAACAAUUGUGGUCCGUGUGGGUAACAAUCGUCCAGAUCUGGGCACGAAUCCGAUUUGUAAUCGGUUUACGGGUCUACUCGAAGCCGGCCAACCGCUCUUUCUGCCCUGCAAUCCACCGAUGCCGGGUGCCUUUGUUAGCGUCCAUCUGGAGAACAAUACACCGAAUCCAUUGUCCAUAUGCGAGGCAUUCGUCUAUACGGAUCAGGCGCUGCCCAUCGAGCGCUGUCCCACAUUCCGGGAUCAGCCGCCCGGCGCGUUGGCCUCGUACAAUGGCAAAUGCUAUAUUUUCUAUAAUCGACAGCCGUUGAACUUCUUGGAUGCGUUGUCUUUCUGCCGCUCCCGAGGCGGCACGCUGAUCAGCGAGAGCAAUCCGGCGCUGCAGGGCUUUAUUAGCUGGGAGCUAUGGCGUCGCCAUCGCAGCGAUGUCAGCUCCCAGUACUGGAUGGGGGCAGUGCGUGACGGCAGCGAUCGCAGCAGCUGGAAGUGGGUCAAUGGCGAUGAGCUGACUGUCUCCUUCUGGAAUCAUCCCGGCGGCGAUGAGGACUGCGCUCGCUUCGAUGGCUCCAAGGGCUGGCUGUGGAGCGAUACCAACUGCAACACCCUGCUUAACUUUAUCUGCCAGCAUCAGCCCAAGACCUGCGGUAGGCCCGAACAGCCGCCCAACUCCACAAUGAUUGCGCUCAAUGGAUACGAGGUCGGCGCCCAAAUCAAAUACAGCUGCGAUGCAAAUCAUCUGCUCGUCGGACCUGCCACACGCACCUGCCUCGAGACGGGCUUCUACAAUGAGUUUCCGCCUGUCUGCAAAUAUAUUGAAUGCGGUCUGCCGGCCAGCAUUGCUCACGGCUCGUAUGGACUGCUAAAUGGCACCGUUGGCUAUCUGAGCUUGGUGAAAUAUGCCUGCGACGAGGGAUACGAGAUGAUAGGACGCGCACUGCUGACCUGUGACUUUGACGAACGCUGGAACGGACCGCCGCCACGCUGCGAGAUUGUUGAGUGCGAUACGCUGCCUGGCAACUAUUACAGCACGAUAAUCAGUGCUCCAAAUGGUACUUAUUACGGCUCGAAGGCGGAGAUCAGCUGCCCGCCGGGCUACCGCAUGGAGGGACCGCGAGUGCUCAGCUGUUUGGCCACCGGACAAUGGAGCAGCGCGCUGCCGCGCUGCAUCAAACUGGAACCACCCACGCUGGCCACACCCCCAGCACCACCGGCGCCGCCGUCAACGGCAGCAACACUUGCACCACCGUCAUAUAGGCCCAAGAUUAUAGCCACCACCAGUCGCACACCCGCCUAUCGUCCCCCCAGCAGCAGUUCCCCCACGGGCGGCACGCCCAGCACUGCAGCCAGUUAUCCACGUCCGCAUCCCAGCUUGAGCACGCCGCAAGUGGAGAUCAAUGGUGAAGGCGACUCUGAGGAGGACAACAUCAAUGUGCCCGUACCUGGCACUGUGCGCGAAGAGUUCCCGCCACGUCGCACCGUUCGCCCCGUGCUAAUACCGAAGAAGCCGAGCAGCACGCCAGCGACCAGCUACAGUAGCAGUACUAGUAGUAGCAGCACCAGCACCACACAGUAUGCUGGUCCUGGUCUGCAUGCGGGUCCUGGCUCCACCUAUGCACCGACACCGACGCGGACGCGUCCCACGCUAGAGACGACGACGCGGAAUACACAGCAGAUAAUCCUCAAUUCGCAUCCUCAGGAUAAUGAGAUCGCGGACAGCGUUAAUAUUCGACAGAAUCAGUCGCCCAAUGUCAACGUUCCAUUUGCCGUCGAUAAUCCCGACCGCAAGGAGACCAAGGAGGCCAAAUUGAAUCUGGGCGCCAUUGUUGCACUUGGUGCUUUCGGUGGCUUCGUCUUCCUUGCCGCUGUCAUCACCACCAUUGUCAUCCUGGUCAGAAGCACCCCGAACAGCAAACGGCGGCACCUAGCUAAACAUUUUACCAAUUACCAUCAACAACACAACCAUCAUCAUCACCAUCACCAGCAGCAGCAGCAGCACCAUCAGCAGAAAUCGAGGCACCUUCAGCACCAGAAGCGUCAACAACAACAGCCAUACCGUGGAGCCGGGGUACACAAACCACCAGCACCACCACCAUUGCCUCCAAAUCGAUUGCCCAGCUAUGCAACGGCAACGGCAAGAAGCGCUACAAGCUAUGCCUCAACGGCCCAAUUGACUCGGUGCAGCAACAAAGGUAGCGACCGUGUCAAAGGUAGUGUCAUCGGUGGCUACCACAUGCGUUUCUUUGGCGAUGGGUACGGCAGCAUUACGUCGAGUACACGAUGCGAGCCGGCACCAUCGCUGUGGUACAGCGUCCUGGCGCUACCCUUUGAUGAUCAAAAGCUCGCCCGACGCGAGCUUAGCACAUAUGGGCGUGGCUAUAGGUCAAGAGCGGGUCUCUUUAGCAGUAGUCAUAUAAACCGCACGACGCAACAUUAUCGUCAUCGCGCCUCACCCGACUGCAACACGGUCGCUAGCUUUGACAGCUCUACCUCCGGCUCUCGCAAUGGCCUCAAUAGAUACUAUCGUCAGGCGUGGGAGAAUCUGCACGAAUCCGCCUCGAAGAACAGUUCGCACAAUGCUCUACGCCGCAAGGAGACCCUCGAUCCGCCCAGCAUGACACGCUCCCGCGACAAUCUGCGUGACAAUAUGCAACGCUCCCGCGAGAAUCUCGACAGAUGCGGCCGAGAUAACUAUGGAAUGCGCGACAAUUCAGAGAUGGUCGUGUCGGAUGUGUGCUUAAAGGGGGAAAAGAAGCGCCACCAUCAUCAUCAUCAUAAGAGCAGCUCCCGCAAUGGGGACUAUCGCGAUCGGGAUCAAUCCGCUGGUAGACGCGAUCAUCACAGGCACAGCGGUGGUGGUGGUGGUGCUGGCAAUGGGGGUGCUGGUAACGGCGGUGGUGGCGGACACUAUUGACCAACCAUGAUAAUCACCAUCAGCGUGGAGGAGCAAUAGGAGCUAUCGAAGCAGCAAUCGAAGCAAUCGCAGCCUGGAAAAGCACACAACGAAACUUCUUAACUCUCUUCUUUUUUUUUUGUAGUUUUCAUGUGUUUUUUUUUCUUGUCUACACUCGAAUUGCGGUUUAGUCGUAGGUCCAUAACUUUCUGUUUAUAGCAAAAAUAAUUAAGAAGAUGAUCAAGAAGAAGUGGAAGAAGAAGAGGAUGCAUAUUAGAGUUACGCGAUUCUUGAAAACUUUUGCAAGUCAAUAGCUACUAUAUAUCGUAUACAUUGUAUACUCGUACUUAUACACAUAUAUAUGUAUAUUCCCUAAUCGUAUCUAGUUUUGGUAUUACUCCGAUACACCUUACCCCCAACCCCCCAUUCCCAUCAUUCAUCCUAAUUUCACCCCAGUGACUCGUCUAUUUAUUGCGAAAGUUUUUUUUUAGUUACAAUUUUUAUGAAUUAGUUGUAAAAAACCAACAAGAAACAAAAACGAAAACAAAUACAAAUACAAAAACAACCAAUGUGUGGGAAAGGCCAGUCGAGGCGUGGAGCGGUUUAUAUAUGUUAGUUACUAGAAAAACAAAUAACAAAAUAUACGAAAUUAAAGGAAAAGAACACAAGCACAGUGAAAAGUAUCCCAAAAUAAAACAAACCUAAAAUAAAAACCUCAGCAUAUACAAAUAAUUAUGUGCAACUUGGUUUAGCUUAAGGCGAGGGUAGUUCCUGCAGUUCUUAGGCCAAAUCGACUUGCGCAUAGUAGUUGCAAUAUCUACUUAGUUACGUAUACCCCAAUAUUCCUAUAUCCCAGCAACAAUAGCUCACAAAUCGAAAAAUCAAUAAAGAAUAAUAUUGUAGUACGCGUGCCAUUAAGGGCAACGAAGCAAAAACAAAAUUAAAAACAAAAACAAAACAAAAAAAGAAACGAAAUCAUUUUACAUUUACAUCUGUGCACGUAAUAUAUACAGUUGUUCCAUUCCGCACACAAAACACACACUUUCUUUUAUAGCGUUUAAUAUUUUUAAUAUUUUUAGAGUGUUUGUUUUGAGAGAGUGUAAAAAUUAUUUUUGGAUAGGGCGGACGCUUUCUGUAAUGCAAAAGCCGCAGAUUAUGCAAUAUUAUUUGUAUUUCAUGCAUUAUA